ACGUCUCAACCAAUGAACGUGGGUACAUUGGGAGAGGCUGGUUUGUUGACAGGAUGUGGUGUUGAGAAAACUACAAUCUGCGAGCUUGUAGCUAGGUACAGUGUUACUCGAAGUAAAUUAUGAGUUUUAAUGUGGACUUCAGGCAAAGAUGCAAUGGAGGUCAAUAGUGCUGGGUUUGCUUUUCUUAAGACUGGCUCUCAGUUGUGUUUUAUGGCUCGCGUUUGGGUUGGGACCUAGCUGGGGGUUUAACUUCCCCAUCAAAUUCAAUUUUAAUUUGCACAAAAUCGAACUUCUGAGGGAUGGCGACAGAACAUCCUCAAUGACCAAUACAUGGUCACAGAAGACGUAUGACACGCUGGAUAAUCUAGGGAAGACCUGCUCGAAGGUUGGAGAAAAUUCUCCCAAAAAAUCUUAUCUUAGUUUCUUUGAAGAUGGCAGAGACGAAUAUGAUAGGAAGUAUAGCUCCUUCCCGGACACUCUCAAGGCCGAAAUGAAAGGUUUAGCAAAAGACAUGUUCUACUUUGGAUAUGACAAUUACAUGAAAUAUGCAUUUCCAGCAGAUGAACUUAAUCCGAUUGACUGUCAAGGAAGGGGACCUGAUGUUUUCAACCCGUCCAACAUCAACAUCAACGAUGUUCUGGGAAACUACUCUUUGACCCUUAUUGAUACAUUGGAUACAUUGCUGAUUCUUGGAAAUGUGUCCGAGUUCCACAAAGCUGUCAAACUGGUGAUUGACACUGUGUCCUUCGACAAAGACUCAACUGUGCAAGUGUUUGAGGCCAACAUAAGGAUUCUGGGCAGUCUGAUCUCAGCUCACAUCCUCCUGACAGACCCACACCACCCCUUUGGAGAUGUGAGCCUGGAGGACUACGACAACGAGCUCCUGCAUAUGGCCCAUGAUCUGGCUGUGCGACUGCUUCCAGCCUUUGAGAACACUGGCACAGGCAUCCCCUAUCCCCGGGUGAACCUGAAGAAGGGCGUUCCCCCCGACAGCGUGAACGAGACGUGCACUGCAGGAGCGGGGUCUUUGCUGGUAGAGUUUGGCAUCCUCAGUCGCCUGAUCGGAGACUCCACCUUUGAGUGGGUGGCCAGGCGGGCAGUGCGUGCGCUCUGGAGCCUGAGGAGCAAUGAAACAGGCCUGCUGGGUAAUGUGGUGAAUAUCCAGACAGGCCAGUGGGUCAGCAAGCAGAGUGGCUUGGGGGCUGGGAUGGACUCCUUCUAUGAGUACCUGCUCAAGUCCUACAUCCUGUUUGGGGAGAAGGAGGACUACCGCAUGUUCAGCGCAGCCUACGAGAGUAUUCAGAGCCACCUCAGGAGGGGGAGGGAAGCGUGCAAUGAGGGGGAGGGGGACCCGCCUCUAUACGUCAAUGUGAACAUGUUCAACGGCCAGAUCAUGAACACCUGGAUCGACUCCCUGCAGGCCUUCUUCCCAGGCCUUCAGGUGUUGAAUGGUGAUGUGGAAAAUGCCAUCUGCUUGCAUGCCUUCUAUUACGCCAUCUGGAAGCGCUUCGGAGCACUACCAGAACGGUACAACUGGCAGCUGCAAGCCCCCGACGUGCUUUUCUACCCCCUCCGGCCUGAGCUGGUGGAGUCCACCUACCUGCUCUACCAGGCAACAAAGAACCCCUUUUACCUGCAUGUAGGAAUGGAUAUCCUCCAAAGCCUUGAAAAGAAUACCAAAGUCAAGUGUGGCUAUGCUACUCUGCACCACGUGGUGGACAAAUCCAAAGAGGACCGCAUGGAGAGCUUCUUCCUCAGUGAGACCUGCAAAUACCUUUACCUGCUCUUUGAUGAGGACAACCCACUGCACGACUCAGAGAGCCGCUACAUCUUCACCACAGAGGGCCAUGUGGUGCCCAUCGAGCCGCGCUUCCGCGAGCGCACCUGGAGCCACCUGCAGUCCUCUGAUGAGCCUUGUGACGAAGAGCCUGACCAUCAUCACCCUGCCAACACCAGCAAUUGCGACCGGAUCCCUGAAGAACGACGCUUCAGCCUGCCUCUCAAAAGCAUCUACAUGAGGCAGAUCGACCACAUGGUUGGCCUGUCCUAAUGCCCCACCGAAGCCCACCUUCAUCUCUGCUGCAGCUGCCUUUUGACUCUUCAGGAGAACUCAUCAUGACCUGAGAAACACUUGUUUUGUUAUACCUCGACUUUUUCCUCACCCCUUUUUUUACGAGAAACUAAUAUAUUUUAUAACAAACUACACAGGACACACAUAUCCGAGAAAAUCAUUUGUUUUGUUUUGUUGUGUUUUAGCGAUGUUUUGUUAUUUCAGGGGAGACAUGCACUAAAAAUCAGACCUUUUUCUUUUUUCAUUUUAAACUUCCCUUCUGGAAGAAUUCAGCCUACAACAGGACACACUCAACCUGGGACUCAGCAGGUUGUUUUGCCAAGCCUUCUCUGGAAGGUAUUUGUGCCAGAGGAACUGGUAUGGGAGAUGUGCAGGAGGUAAUGAUGUGCAAUGCAAAGCAAAUAUUUUGCACCAAACUACACAGAGCUACAUGAUGAAACACAGGACUCACUUUGUGCGAGGCUGCAUUUUUUUUUGUGUGUUGUAGCCAACAUGGACAACGUGUCUGAACAUGGACAAAACAUGGGGUGUGGUGGGGAGACUCCAUGUAAGGACUUUUCUGUGCCAUUUCUUUGGGGCCUAAUAGUAUUUGGCAUAAGAAUGCCUGACAGUAAUUCCAGCCUUAUUCCAACUGCUUCAGUGUGUUGUUCAGGACUGUCUUCAGUGACAGUAUAUAGCCAAACCUUUGUUCAUCAUCUUAAUUGUAUAGCCAUUUGAGGACUUGUAGCUACUCGUGUGUUGUCUAUGUUAGAGAUUAACAUUGAUUUGGAAACUUUGAGGUGUUGACAGUGAUUGUUAGGAAUUCCUUUAUCACUCAGGAAGCACAAGGGAAGUAAGUCAUGAAUACUUAAAAAAAACAAAGCAAACAAAACAAAAUCACCUGUUUAAAGUCCCACACAGUGAUUGCUGGAUGGGCAUCCACACAGACUGCAGUCAGUGUGUGAAGUCACAGGUACGACACAGAUGCCUGUGCUGCACAACUAUUUAUCCGGGCAGUUAUAGUCUUCCAAUUCUCCAGAGAGAUGGUUGUUAUGAGCGUUAUUCAAACCAUCUUGCUAUAGCAGACCUCAGAUGUCCGUAUUGGUGAAGUGUUCUCUCUUCACAAAUAUUUGUCUCUUGGGGGGGUGGGGGGGUCUUUAAUUUUGUUUCUGUCUUUGAUUUUAUUCUCCACAAAGGUCAUUUUUGGGCCAUUCUUAUUGUGGUGUGUAACAUUAUUUCACUGUAUUGUCGCUCUGUGAGUUUUGGUCACAGAUGCCGGUGUUUGAGGCAUAGGUGGGUCUUUGGGACUGGCAGCAAUGCUAUCCCAGGGAAAGGUUAUUGAAAGCCAUGCUAAGUGCAUUAAUGCUAUGCAUCCUAUUUCCAGCUAAAGUAUUUUCUGAUGGCAGAUGGCUGUACAGUAUGUCACAUGACAACACAUAGCACAGUGCCUCCUAAUGUUAACUGCACAACCACCUCAUUGACUGUGCCUGUAGAUUUGGUGUUUUGAUUGUAGUGUGUGUGUGUGUGUGUGUGUGUGUGUGUGUGUUUUGUUCUCUCAAUCUAACGGACCAGACCUAGUAAAUGGUGCCUUUCUCUCAUGUAGUGACUGUAGUGUACUAUAGACUACUGGUAGGCAAACCUGCAAGCUGGGGCUCUUAACAAGGCUCUGUGACUUUAGAGGUAAAACCAUGACAAGGUGUAAAAAAAACAACAGAUCUUUUUUCUUCCUUCAAUUGAUGACUUGCGAUAUCUGCAAUAUUUCUUUUGGUGCAAAAAAUGUAGUUGUGGUUCUUCCCACUCGCUUUCCCUGAAGUUUGCCUGUCAGUGAUUUGAAUGGUCCAUGAGUGCUGUUUUCUGAAACAAACAACUUAAAUAUGAAGGCUGCAAAACAAGUUGGGUAAUUGUUUUCUUAGUGUACAUUGACUAUUUCAACUAUUGAUGACUAUUCUUUGAAUAAAAAUGGCUAAAUGAUUGUAAGUGCAAGAGUGGAAACAUUAUCUGGAUGUUUGUGAGUUAUGGUGUGUGUGUUUUUUUUGUUUUUUUUGUUUUUUUUUUUAAAACAACCUUUUUAACAGAUAUUUGUAUUUACCAUAGAUUAUACAGUUCACUUGCUCUCCAUAAUUGUCCUCUCAUUAAAGAAAUGUUAUUCACUUUGCAUUGUAAAAUGCAAGAUACCUCAUGCUAACCCUUCACCCAGCUCCAAAUGAUUGCGCUUCCUCUUGAGAUGAUGUCAUAUGAUAUUUUUUUGGCUAAACCAAUUAGGUGAAAGGUUCAUGCUGGUGUAUUUGUGUGCUUGCAGCGAUCAGGUGCAAAAGCAGGAGCUGCGGACAAGCUGUGUCGAAACAAAUUCUGCCUCUUUGGCCGUUAGCAAAGCAAACUGGUUUUGCACAUCAGAGAGAGGAAACUCAGGGACUGACGUAAGUCAGGAUGUGUUUGUUUUAAAUAAGUACUCGAGGAUGUCAUUGGAUAGUGAUUUGCUUGACUGUCUGUCCUUGUUCUGUCUCAUUUCACCAUUCUGAUCAUAGGCUAAAUGACAAGUUAAAAUUUAUUUUUUGAGUGUUCAUGUGCCCUUUUCACUAACCAGCUGUGUGGUUGAGCAUCAUUUUAAUAUGCAUGCUUUGGGUAACUCAUGUACAUUGAAGGACAUACUGUAUGUCCAGAAGUAUGAAGUCUUGCAAUAAACUAAUCUGAUUUAUUGUU